AUGCUGCGGCGUCUGGCCGCGCAAUGCCUGGCAGCCCCAUGGGAGCAAGCAUUCUUGUCGACGACGCAGCGGGAGCUCAGCAGCACGGCGGCCAUCCCUGGCGCGGGCCUCUUUGGUAUCCGUCGCUUGCAGCAUCCAGAGGAUUUUAUAGCGUGGGGCCGGGAGGCCGUGAACAAAUGCAACGAGCUGAUUGAGCGCGUGAUGGCGGCGCCCCACGACGCCAGCGUGGUCCAAUUGAUGGACGACAUUUCGGACGAGAUGUGCCAGGUGUGCGACGCGGCGGAGGCGUGCCGCAACGUGCACAGCGACCCCGCGUGGCGCCGCGCGGCGGGGGUGGCGUGCGCUGACCUGGGGGCGUACCUGGCGGAGGUGAACCAGCACUAUGGGAUGUACGCCAAGCUGAGGGACACCAUGGACAGAUACCGGCGAUCAAAGGAGGCCUCCACCAGCGGCCGGGAGUUGAAUGGCGGGGCGGUGCCGGCCGGCAGGACCACCUCACCCCUGCCACUGAUGAGCGCGUCUGAGCUGGCGGGCUUUUUCCCAGAGGCCGUCCUGGUGGGCACCAAGCUGCAGGUGGACCAGGAGAAGAGCGGGGUGCACCUGCAGGACGAAUCAACGCGCGCACGGCUGCGGCGGCUCAUGGAGCUGGGGCAGCACUACCCAUCAGCCUUCCAGUCGGCCCUGGUGGGUGGUUUGGGGGCAGGAGGGCUGCCCUGUGCUUGCUGA